GACCACCAUGAGCACGGAGUCGCAGCCAACGGUGGAGGCGGGCCCUGCAUCGGAGGAGUACGUCCUAUCGCCCGAGGAGCUGUACUACGACGUGCUGGAGCAGGCCAGCGACUCCCUGGCGAACGCGGACCCCCAGGCGAACCCCGAGCAGGUAGCCCACGUCUGCAAGGAGAUGGCCCGGUCGGCAGUGCACGAGGAGGCGGCGCUCCGGUCGCGGCUCGGCAGCCUCGCGGGCCGGUGGGCAAAGCUUGCCGAGCAGGAGUGCAUGCGCCCCCGCAUCGACCGAGCGGCCGAGUACUUGAAGAACGUGGUCCCCCAGGAGACACGCCCGGCGCUGCAGGUGCGGAACGGGGGCUGGGAAGCACCUGGGCCGGUGGGGCUGGCGAGGGAUCCGCCCCUAUUGGUAAAGGCUCAGAGCGUCGCCGAGAAGCGUGUGGUGGUCGCCCAGCUGCAGGGCUACCAGGCGGAGCUGAAGGACAACAUGCUGGCGGUAAUGAGGUCCUCGCAGUUGGAUCUUCUCGAGAUCGGAUGCCCGGAGGACUCGUCCCUGGGUCAGGCCAUGGAGAAAGAGGGCGGCACCGUCUACCGCAUGGGCCUUUGGAAGAAGCACGACUUCCAGCAGGCCCUGAACCAGAAGAGUGACCAGCAGAUCGCGAGCUCGAAGAAGAAGAUAGCCUGGGGUAUCAAAGUCAUGGGCAGCAUGGUCGAGGUCGGCCUGCAGGCGCUGCGUCUAGGGACCGUUCAUUCACCGAUGAACCUUCGGAAGCAGCUGUACGAGGUCGCCACAGCAGGAUGCGCCUGGGGCAUGCGGGGCAGCAGCGAGACGGGCCAGGCCGCGUACAAGAACUGGAGGUUCCUGGUGUCCAACCAGCGGGCAGCAGAGGUCCUGGAACGGAAGGGCCCUCGAGAUCACGUGCACAGGCAGCUGGAAGGGCCCAAGCGGGUCGCUGACCCCGCCAAGUGCCCGGAGGCACUGUGCCGAGCUGUCAGCCGUCAGGUGCUGGCUCAUGCCCUGGUGUCCGUGAUCACCGCUGGCGCGAACGAGAUCGAGGGCGCGCUGAAGGAGCUGACUGAGGGACACCUCGAACAAGCCGAGGCCAUGACCAUCGAGAAUGAUACCGAGACGGAUGGCCCGACGGACGAGUUGAGGAAGUCG